AUGGCCUCAAUCUUUAUAAAACAUGUCCUUGUUUUCCUUGUAGCUAUCUCUGCCACUUCGUGGAUGGUCCAAGCAAGUGAUCCAGACAUCUUAUCUGAUUUCAUCCUCCCAUCCAACCUUAAUGGAGUUAAUGGGAGUUUCUUCACCUUCACUGGAAUGCGCGGAAUAUUUAAUCAACCCCCACCAACCUUUAAGGUGACAAAAGCUAGCUUGGCGGAAUUCCCAGCUCUCAACGGCCAGAGCGUCUCCCUGGCCGUUCUCCAGUACCCUGCAGGCGGCGUUAACCCACCUCACACUCAUCCUCGUGCAGCUGAGCUACUGUUUGUUGUGGAAGGUAGUCUUGAGGUCGGAUUUGUUGACACGACUAAUAAACUCUACACUCAAACACUUCAAUUGGGGGACAUUUUUGUGUUCCCGAAGGGACUAGUUCACUACCAAUACAAUGCCAAUGCCACUGAACCGACAACUGCUAUCUCUGCCUUUGGUAGUGCAAGUGCUGGGACUGCGUCACUUCCUACAACUCUGUUUGCCACUGGGAUCGAAGAUGACAUUCUUGCCAAGUCUUUUAAAACCGACGUUGCAACUAUUCAGAAGCUCAAGGCAGGUCUUGCACCACCAAAAGCCUAA